AAAAAAAAAAUUACACACCAUCUUCAUCGCUGCCCUUGGCUUUCUCCUCCUAUUCUGCUCUGUCACCAGUAAGCUUUCAUAGACCCUUCAAAUCCACUGACCCAGUUCAAGACUCAGGAAUGGAAGCCCAAUUUUUCAAGUUUCUUAAGAUAGUGGGUGUGGGCUACAAAGCCAGGGCUGAAGCUCAAGGACGGUUGCUGUAUCUGAAAUUGGGUUACAGUCAUGAAGUUGAGUUGACUGUGCCGCCUGCUGUUCGGGUCUUCUGCUUCAAGAACAAUGUGGUUUGCUGCACCGGGAUUGAUAAGGGGAGGGUGCACCAGUUUGCGGCCGCUGUUCGGGGUUGUAAGCCGCCUGAGGUGUACAAAGGCAAGGGGAUAAUGUACAUCGAUGAGGUUAUAAAGAAGAAGCAAGGGAAGAAGUCUAAGUGAUCGGUUCAAUGUUGCAGAGUUUAUCUAUGCUUGGCGAUGGCAAUGUUUGAAAUUUUGUACCGAGUUAUAAUCAGAAAACCACUCUAUUGGUUUGGGAUCUUCUUUUAAACUAUUGUUAUCUGGUAUAUCUAUUUCUUAGUUGAUCCGUUAUUUCUUGCC